AUGACUGAUUCAGGAUUCGAGAAACCCGAGUUUUACAACUUCCCCCCCUUCUUCACUCUACAGCCUGUGCUGGCAACCCGAGUUCUUCAGUCGAUUAUUAGGGACCCAGUGACCGUUGCAGACCCAUGA